AUGGCUACUUCUGCUUCCUCCGAUGUUAGUUCCAACCAAUCUUGGUUCACGCCAUUGCGACUACUUGUUCUGUUUUGUGUCAUCCAUUUAAUUAAUUACAUGGAUAGAGGAGUUAUUUCAAGCAAUGGUGUGAAUGGAAUCCCAAAAACAUGUGGUGCCGAUGGCAUGUGCACAUCUGGUUCCGGGAUCCAGGGACAAUUUAAGUUAACCAAUUUUGAGGACGGAAUUUUAUCUUCUGCAUUUAUGGUUGGACUUCUUCUAGCUUGUCCAAUAUUCGCGUCAUUGUCGAAGAGGAUAAAUCCAUUUCGACUCAUAGGUGUUGGAUUAUCUAUUUGGACUUUGUCAGUAAUUGGAUGUGGUUUUUCAUUUAAUUUCUGGUCGAUUGUUGUCUGUCGCAUGAUUGUGGGUGUUGGUGAGGCAUCGUUUAUAAGUCUUGCGGCGCCAUUUAUUUAUGAUAAUGCACCCGCUCAUAAGUGUGUGAGGCCUAGUCUAAGGCCGCUUUCCAUGGCUAUGUCUACGGUUGCAAUUCACAUUUUUGGAGAUGUGCCAUCUUCACCUCUUGUUGGAGUUCUCGAGGACCAUCUUAACAAUUGGAGGAAGACUACUCUCAUCCUCACAACCAUUUUUUUCCCAGCUGCUAUUAUAUGGUUUAUAGGUAAAUGUUAG